GUUGGGCGAAUGGGCGUUCACUAGCCGUCCGUAUGACAUAAUCUCAAAAGGGAAUUCUCGGUCAGUCCCCUAUAAAACCGGCUGUUCUCUCCAAUGCUGUAGUCACUGAGAGCACAGCCGCUGCUAUCAAACACAGGACGUCUCGAAAACGGUCUAUUUCUACCGCCAUGUCUUCAUACGCGUCUUCAGACUCUCGUCGCGUCAAAUUCGGCACGGCGCACCGCAAGAAAGCCUCGCCGAACAUCUUCGAGAACGUCAACCAGGACGCCCUGGUGAAACUCUUCGAGAAAGCCGGAGACCUGAAGGCGGCGGAGAGAGCCAGGAGCAUCCUCGCGCUGCACCAGGAUCCUGAGGGCAUUUCCAGAGCGCUCAUGGCUCUUCAGCAGGACAAGGACACAUUUAUGCUCAUUACCGGACUGACGCGCCAGUCGCUGAAGUUUCGUUGAAGGAAGUUUUCGUUGGGAAGCUGUGCAGAGGUGUGCACAGAGAAAGAAACCGUGAUCACUUAUGCUGGAGGCUGGUGUUCCUCAAGGCUUUGUGCUGAACUUGUGAUGGUUUCCUUCCAGAGUCAUGUUGGUGUGCUCUGAAAAUACAGAGAGAGGAGACUGAACUGAUCCAGCGCUAGAAAAGUUGAGCUUGAAGACACCUGAGCAUUGAUGCUUCUUAACACCAUGGAGAACACUUGAAAUAUAUACUGAUGCCACGGGUGAAAUUUGCUUAUGAAGAGGUUCGGUAUUUAUUGACUGAAUUGCCAUGUUACAGUCUGCUUUAAAAAAAAAACAAUAGUAAUAAAUGUAUUGUCAUGAUUAUUCCUUUUUCUUAAAAUGUGUUUCCCUUGCCAGUCACUCAAUGAGUU